AUGAAAUAGUAUUUUGGUCCGUGUUCGGGAUUCCGCUGUUCGGCUGAUAGAGAAACAGCGUUACAAAUUGUUUGUCAAUAUUUUAGAGUUUCAUAAUAUUUAAACGUUCUUUUAAUAGUUAUAAAGUUUUCAUCUUUAUAUUUUUAUAAUGAUCUAUCCAAGUGAACAAAUCUUUUCAUCUUUGACCCUUUGAAAGUGAUCGUUGUCCCAAUUUUUUCCUAUCGAGGGUAUGGAAUAUUUCAAUGUGUACGCGCAUACUCUACACACACAUCUAUUAUAGUAUAUAAUAUGUGUGUAUGAUACAUCGACGAUACUGUCAACGAGUGUGUUAUGCAUGUGCAAUGAUGCUACUUCUAUAUGCAACUCUCUCCCAUCUGUUUGAUUAACAAGGAGAAUGUUUAAAAUAUUUCUUAGCAGUCAAAAGGAUUGAUUAUAUCUCAGAAAGAUCUUAUCCAAUUACACAAAACUCCAAUUAUAUAUAGAAGUAGUAAAAAGAUGCAAUUCUAUUUUAUAAAAAGUGAUACCUUCAUGUAAUAAGAAAUAGAAAAACAAGAAAAUAGGUAAUUUUUAAUUUUGAGAAGAAUAAGAUAUUAUCUUGUCACUACAUUUUGAUAUACGCCAAACAUGUACGUUAUCAGAACAAUCAUGUAUCCAAGAUAUGUAGGUGGUCGAUUUAACACGGAUGCAUACAUCAGACAAUUGUGUAUCCUAUUUAGUUGAUGCACACAGUAUUGUCUUAGAGACAUUCGUUAUUUUUAUUGCAUAUCUUUAUUCUUGCUCUUUUUGAGCAUUCUUAUUGUCAUAGAAUAUUCAGUGUUCACAAAAUCACUUUUAAUGAGGCUGAAAUCACGAACAAGAAAGCAAACUCUCUUUUGAGAAAGUACAGUGUUUAACGACUGACUUUGAUGAACAAUGAACCAUUCCGGAAGUGGAAAACGUCAGGCGAAGGUUUUGGAAGAAAAUUAUUGGGACUGCAGUGUCUGCACGUAUAGAAAUACAGCGGAAGCAUUUAAGUGCCUCAUGUGUGACGUCCGUAAAGGAACUUCUACGCGGAAACCCCGCAUUAAUCCUCAGUUAGUGGCACAACAGGUUGCACAACAACAAUAUGUGCCACUGUUAAAGCCUGGAAAAAAAGAAGGAAGUAGUGGUGGUAGUACGACUAGCAGUGGAAAAGAAAAAGACCGCAAACUGGACAAACCAAGGCGUAAGAGUAGGCAUCCACCACGUCUUAAAAAUAUAGAUCGUAGUACGGCUCAAACCAAUGAAGUAACGGUAAAUAACGUUACCGUUGUUAUUACUGAAUAUAAACCCAAAGUUAAAAAAAGUUCGGAUCAGUCUGGUAUUUCCAGCAGUGCUUCUUCUGAAAACGGAAGUCAGCAUGAUUCCAAUCAAGACUCUAGAAGUCUGGAUAUAGGAACUGAUGCCUAGGUCAAUACUAUGUCACAUAUAUGUGUGGAUUAUUAUAAUUAAUAUAUUAUAUGUCACUUUCCAUGUACAGUCGUACAUCUUGUGGGCAAAAGCAACAACUUUGUCAUCUAUUACAGCUACACAAUAAGUCAGGUAUUUUAUGCUAUCAAUGGAAUGUUUUUUUUAAAUACUUUUUUCGUAAUGAUCAGCACUAUUUAAGACAAGUUACUUGUGAUUUAAGAAGAAAUUGUACUUAAUCAUCUUAUGUUUAUUUACUAAUUGUGAAUGUUACAUAAUUAUUAAUGUUUGUUUAAAAAGCUCUUAUACCAAAUUGGUUCGUAUAUCAUAAAGUGUUAUUUUAUUUAAUUUACAGGUAAUGCAUAUUUAAAAAUAUUAUAAAUUUAUAUCCAUUGUUAACAUAAAUAAUGUCCUAGACUUUUACUAAAUUUAAAAAACCACUGCCAGAGAGUAUGUUACAAGAUUAUUAUUACUAUUAAAAUUUUUUAACAGAGCUCAUGACACAUUAGAUGUCAUUAUGCAUUGUAUGAAUAGUUUUAGUUGACGUGCUUGUGUGAGCAAAAAUAUAUCAAAUAACUGGCACUGGUAUAUAUACACAUCUUUUUUGCAUUCCAAUUUAUUGAAUCAUUUGAUUAAAGAAAAGAUAUGUUAUUUCUAUUUUACUUGAAAAUAUGGAGACAAUUUUUUUUUGUAUAAAUCAUGUACUUUUAAUUUUUUCUGUAGCAUAAAAUGGAAUGUGAAGUAGCUAAUUAAUUUUUAUUUUAUUUUUAAUGUAGUUUAUACCUCAAUAAACGAAAUCUUAUAUUUUAUUUUGAAGUGCUCACACUUUGCAUUAUAAUAUUUUCAUGUUUAAUCGAAAUAUUUGUCUUGGGACAAUUAAACUCAAUAAUUUAAAUAUAUUUUAUUAGUUUACUUGUUACGCCUCUUUUUUGUAUUAAUUAUAAUUUAUAUAAUUUGUAGAUUACGUCUUUUGUUUAUAUUUUUGGUUUUUUUAAUAAUUUUUAAAUAUUUUAUAAUUGAACAUUUCAAUAAUUAUUAUAAAUUUCUAAUAGCAAACCUACCCUGUAUAAUAACAAAAUGGAAUUUGCAUAAACAUGCAAAUUUAUAAACAUAAAUGCAAAAUAUUACAUUGCAACAAUUAAUAGUCGAUUUUAAUAACUAUCUGAUCACUAUAAACUGCGAUCUAUAAUUAUUUUUAUAUUUAUUUUUAUCCAUUUUACACUAUCGUGAUACAAAUUAUAUUAUAGACUCAAAACAUUUACGAAAUUUAAAAAAAAAUUUAUAAAAAUCACUGAUAAUAUAAUGAUUUUUUAAGUAUAUUGAGUUAUCAUAUACAUUAUUGAAUUAGUUAGACUAUUGCGCUAAAUGAAAUAAUAUCGAUGAAUCUAAGUUAUAAAUUUAAAGUGAAAGUAAAUGAAAAACCUUUUGUGAAUACUUAUAUAAAUAUUCAAUAAUUUACUGAGAAUUUUAACAUACUAUAUAAGUAAAAUAAAGAACAUUUUUUCACGAAUUCAUUAUAUAUCAUUGUAUUGAGUGGUGUAGUUAUCAAUAUUGAGUUUAUUUAUCUUUUUUAAAAUUCACAUUUCAAAAGUAAUCUUCUUGUCAUAUUUAUUGUAUAAACUCUUUUUGCAAAUGUUGUUAUUAAAUAAAUAAUGUUUGGCAA